AUGUGUAAAGGAUUCGGGUCUACUCUGACCGGUCCUGCUCUCCAAAGGUACAUCAAUCUCUCAAUCAAGUCCAUCAAGUCCUUUGCGGACCUUAGUGAUCAAUUCGUGGAGCAAUUCGCCAGCAGCCGCAACUUAGAGAAGAACUCAGACGAUCUUUAUGAGGUCCUUCAACACAGGAGCGAGCCCUUGCGCUCAUACAUAGCACCUUUCUACCAGGAGAAGGUGGCUAUUCCCGAAUGUAACGCUGAUACGGCCAUCUCGGCCUUCAAGAGAGGCCUACUCCUGGAAGGAGAACUCUACAAAGACCUAACAAAGUAUAAGGGAAGGUCAAUGGAAGACGUACUAUCUCGAGCUUGGGCCCAAGUGAGAUGA